AUGGCGACGGCGGUGCCGGCGAAAGCAGAGCAAAUCAAAGAGUCGUUGAAAGAGACAUUGAUAGGGACAGAAGCACCAGAAGGAGUCUCACAGGAAUCGAGAGCGAGGUUCCUGCAGCAUGCAUCACUAGAAGAGAACGGAGAGCUGUUGAUGUCCCAGGAAGAUUUCGUUAAUGCGAUAGCACCUCCAGAGGAAGAUUACCACAAGAUAGCACGAGUCCAAUAUGGUCUCCUCUUCAGUGUCGCCGAUGUUCACAAACGAGGGAAGCUUUCAAUGCAGGACUUCCACGCCUACGAAAACCUCAUCACGAAACCAGACGCUGACUACGAAGCCCCCUUCCGAUUAUUCGACGUUGAUGGCAAUGGUAUGGUCGAUAUUGAUGAGCUUAAAAAGAUAGUAGAAGCACACAAGGGUUCCGAGUCUCUACCCUUCGACUGGGAGUCCGAAUGGGCAACACUGUACAUUGGUAGUGCGAAGAACAGACAUGUUUUGACCUACCCACAAUUUGCACAGAUGAUGCGAGGCUUGGUCGGUGAGAGAAUACGGCAAGCUUUCAAGGCAUACGACACAGAUAACGACGGCUAUAUCGAUGCUGCUGCCUUCGAAAAGAUCAUCCGUUCUAGCUCAGGUCACAAGCUCUCUGAUCACAUCUUGGACAACUUGCCAACCCUCUGCAAUAUCGGAGCAGCCUCCAAGAUCUCAUAUGCCAAUGUGAGAGCUUUUACAAAUAUAAUGCGUGAGAUGGAUUUGAUCGACCUCAUCGUACGAAAUGCGACCUCGAAAUCAUCCGAUGGCAAGAUCAGCAGAACAGACUUCCUGGCUGAAGCUGCCCGGAUAACAAGAUUCGUUCAAUACACACCUAUGGAAGCCGAUAUCCUCUUUCACUUUGCCGGUCUGGACAAUGAAUCCACCCGACUGGAACUCGGUUCGUUCGAAAAAGUCUUGGACGCGAGCUGGCAAGACGUAGGUGAGAGACUUGAAUCAGCCCGAGGAGCUGCGGCAAAAGCUGUCCAGAAGACUGGUGGCUUCCUGCAUAGUGUACUAGAAUCAGCGCAUCACUUUGCACUGGGUGCUGUUGCAGGCGCAUUCGGAGCUUUCAUGGUCUACCCUAUCGAUCUAGUCAAAACACGUAUGCAGAAUCAAAGAAGUUCUGCUCCUGGCCAGCGAAUGUACGACAACUCUAUCGAUUGUUUCCGCAAGAUUGUUCGCAAUGAAGGUUUCAAGGGUCUCUAUGCGGGUGUCCUACCUCAACUUGUCGGCGUUGCGCCAGAAAAGGCCAUCAAACUGACUGUCAACGAUCUCGUAAGAGGCGCACUCACAGACAAAAAGAGCAACUCGAUACAACUAUCAUCCGAAAUCAUAGCCGGUGGUACCGCAGGUUUCUGUCAAGUCGUCUUCACAAACCCUCUCGAGAUCGUAAAGAUCAGACUACAAAUCCAAGGCGAACUAGCCAAGCGCAGCGACGCCGUACCCAGAAGAUCAGCCAUGUGGAUCGUCCGCAACCUAGGUGUCGUCGGCCUAUACAAAGGCGCCUCCGCCUGCCUCCUACGAGACGGUCCCUUCUCAGCAAUCUACUUCCCCACCUACGCCCAUCUCAAAAAAGACUUCUUCGGCGAAUCACCCCAGAAAAAGCUCGGUGUCGUCCAACUCCUCACAGCAGGCGCCAUAGCCGGCAUGCCAGCCGCCUACCUCACCACCCCCUGCGACGUCAUCAAGACCCGUCUCCAAGUCGAAGCCCGCAAAGGCGAAGCCACAUACAACGGUCUCGUCGACGCUGCCCGCAAAAUCUACGCUCAAGAAGGCUUCAAAGCGUUCUGGAAAGGUGGGCCCGCUCGUAUCCUCCGAUCAUCUCCACAAUUCGGCUUCACUCUUGCAGCGUACGAAGUCCUUUCUGGUCUGUUACCUCUGCCCGGCAGCGAGAAGAGCGAGGCGCAGAAAGCAGCCGCGGGACGAAUGGAGCCUUCUGUGGGACUGAGGGAAGAUACGGCGCCACUGUCGUACUUGAGGAGUCGGAAUGCAUUGAAGGUCAUUCUGGAUAUUGAUAACAACUUUGGCAAGAUAAGGGUGCCGGAGGGGAAGAGUUUUAUGGGCUUGCCGUUUGGUCGGCCGAAAGCGAGUUCUUGA